AUGAAUCCAAUCCCAGCACGAUUCUAUCGUGUCCAGCACGAUGGUUCCUAUACGAUUUUCGACCACGUGGAUGGGUUCGAAUCCCCAGGCCACUACCAGAUGGCAUAUUCAUUCUGGCUCAACAGGGGCAAACUGGAGUCUCAUCUUAACUGGAAAGCUCGUUCAGACCAGCCGACUCCGUUCAUCUCUGUAUUUGACAACCUGGGUGACGCAAAUGACCGGGCCCUUUUACUUCGCCAACGCAAUACUGGUGUCUUCGUGGCGGAAAUUGAUACCUCGUCAUUGCAGGGUGCGGUUCUGGAUAUCGAGUUUGCUGAAGGAGUCAUUAAACUGCCUGUCUGGGUUAACGAAGAAUCCGGCGUAACUAUUGUAUCCACUAGUGCGGUUCGAACGCAUCUAGAGGUCGGUUUGAGUGUGAGCCAGGAGUCGGAGUGGUUUGCGCUGGAUCACAUCCCUUAUUCUAUGAUCCGUGGCAUCAGAAACUACUGA